CAUUACUCUCUGUAUUAAGCCCUAGCUUUGUGGCCUUGAUCGCGUUUACUUCUCGAGAAAAUAAAUAUAGACCUAGAAUAAUGUCCUAUAGGCUUUUUCUUUCAUCUUCACUUUCAUGAAUGAGAGAUAAGAAGAAGAAGAAAUUUACUGAAGGAGAAAAGAGGAGGCUUGAGAGUUCAGGAAACAGGGAAUCUAUCGGUUACAUUUGUCCAGUAGGCUUGAGCGAUAGCAGUAGUUCUUUUUUUUUUUCCCCCAGUUAUCGGAUGCUAAAAUGGUUGGGCAAAUUAAGCAAAUGAACAAAAUUUAGUAACAGCUCCAGUUAGGGUCUGUCAAUGAAGGCUCAGUUUGUUUGGGGUUUAUGGAACCCUUGUUGCUUUAUUAAAUUUUUUACUUUAAGCAAAAAAGUUCCUUUUUCGUGGGAGAGAAUUCCAAUCCAUCUCUCCUAAUGAAGGUUUUGGGGUUUAGAUCUUUCCCUUUGAGCCAAAGCUUGAGUAACUUUAUCUGAUAGUCUAUUCCAUUUGACUAAGUUCAAUGAAGUGGAGUUUUGUUAGAAGUUGUUGGAGACCAGCCAAGGAGAGAGAGGUUAUCGCUGUGCUGAAGCUAAUAUCUCAUACUGCAAAAAAUUUUCCUGGUGUUUUUUACCAUGGAAAGCCCAGUGCAAUUUUACCUUUGAUUGGUCGGAUAUUGCCCUUCUUUGCAGAACCUGAAUUCUGUUCUCGACAUGGAGUGAUCUUUGAGACUGUUGGAUCAUUAUUAUCCUUGCUUCGCACUGGAGCACGAGAUGCAUACCGACAGUUUUUCAUUGAUGCCAUGUUAGCUAUUGAAGAUCUUUUAUAUGUGGCAUCAAUUUGUGCCAACAACAGGAGUGUUGCAGAAUCUGCAAGAUCGAGUGUCAAGUGUUUCCGUGAGUCUUUUACUGGAGUUCUGGAUGAUUCAACCUGUCUUUGUGAUCUCCCAGCAAGUAAUAAAAUCAGUGAUGGCCCUGGUAUUUUGAUUAAUACUACGGGCAGGAGGAGGUGGCAGCCUUUUGCAGCAUGUAUCGUUAAGCUUCUGAGCAAAUGCAUUGCUGAAGGAACUCUGUAUGUGGAAGGACUCAUAGGUGUGUCAAAUGUUUCGGCUGCAUGCUCCCUAUUAUGUUAUGGAAAUGCUGAUCUGCAUAUGGCAUGCUUUGAUUUUGCACGCAUCGUUCAAUCAGUGAUAAAUUAUGACAUUGUUCCUUGUGAGAAUUUGAUCCAGUCCGUAUGCACCAUAUUGAGUGAGAACAAAGACGGAUUCCCUGUUUUAAGAGACAUGGCCUAUGAUUCCUCUUUGGGCACUUGUCUUGAUGUAAUACACUCUCGUUGUCCUGAUGAUGUGGUCAAGCUCACAGCUGCCGAUGUAGUCAAUGUUUUCCCUCAAUCAGUGUGCAGAACCAAAAGCCAAGAGCUCAAGGUUGCAUUGUGCAAUGCAUACACACGGAUUGCUAAAACUUGCCCUCCUCAUAUCUGGAGGCCGCAGUCUCUUAUUAAUAUGCUCUGUCUUCCUGAACCUUGUUUUCCAUUGAUUAAUUGCUUUCGAGUAGCUCUGUCCCUACUUGGUCCCGAUCAUAAUGAAGGCAGUAUAAGAAAUAAUGAUAGUUUGGGUUUACCAUUGCCAAUAAAUACCUCAGUUGAGUACUCGAGGGUUGGAGAGAAAAGGCAUAUCCUGGAUGUUGAUGGUUUCAAUGUCAAACGUCAUAAGGUAGAUGAAGAAGUUAUGGCUUCUAAUAUUGAUGUUCCGAAAGGCAAGCUUUAUCAUUCAGCUUAUUCUGAAAUAGAGGUAGAUUAUGCCAAUUAUGUGUAUAAAUCACUUCUUUCAUUUGUGGAACUGUUGAGCCCUCCUCCAGCCCAAUCCAAUUCGUUUGGGCCAGAUGUUUUGUUAUCAGCUCUUAGCAUCCUUUGCACUGCCUUCUCUACAAAUACAAAAACAAAUAUGUCACUUCGCAUCUUUCAGCUGAUGCAUGAAUGGAUCCCUUGGAUAUGUGAGCAGGCAAAGCAGGGAAGUUCAAUUCCAUUUUAUAUUUCCAUCUAUCUGGAAGGAAUUCAUGGCAUCAUGCUUAUGCAGAGUAAGAGAGUUUGCAUUCUUUCCAUUGAGAAUAAGCUCCUCAAAACUAAGCGUGAUGCUGCAGAUCUUAUACAUGUAGUGCUAAAGCUUCCAUGGACCCAUUUCCUUGCGGUAAAUGAGCCUCAUCCUCUAUGGAAAAUAAAAUGUAUCUCUGUCCAAGUGGCAUCAAAGCUUGGACCUAGCUUGAAAACUGAAAGUGAUUUGGAAAUCUUGGAUUUGGGUCUUUCCGAUGAAGUGGAAGAAGUUCGAUUGGAAGCAAUGAUUUCUAUGCCAGUAAUGGUCUUGUGGUCCGGUCUGGAAGUACUCACACAUAUGUUUAGAAGGCUACAGUUUUUGGAGAAAGAAGGGCAUGCUAAAGUUAAGAAGAUUAUCCCUUCAACUCUUGGUUUUCUGUCAUGCCUUUAUGGAUCUUGCAAGGGUCUUAGUGCUGUAGAUAAAGGUGAAUGCAAGUUGUUUCUAAAUGUUGAUACUGAAAAGCGCAUUGAGACUGUAGAUUAUUUACUGCAAGGAUUCUGGUGCUCGAAGUGUGACAAACAUGUUCAGCACAAUCAUGAGCUAUGCACAAUGGAACUGUCUCAUAUACAAAGUGUGGAAGUAGGUUUGAAUUGUGAUUUUUCCCAUCUGCAAUCUUUCUUUUUCAAGCUUAUCUAUAACGAGUCUUCUGAAGAGAUUGCACUUGCCUGCGUGAAUACUAUAAAGCGUAUCCUUGUACAUGGGCCUGCAGAUAUUUUGCUUAAAACAAGACUGGAAUGGAUUAAGUGCAUUGAAUUUCAUCUGCUUCAUAGAAAUAAGGCUAUAAGAGAAGCUUUUUGUUUACAGGUUGGUUCCUUCCUUGAGGAUUCUGUAUUGAGUUGUCUAUUUGUGGAUGGGGAUGGAUCAAAUAAGAAUAAAGAACAGAAAUUCCUGGACAUUAUUAAACAUGCUUUGGUAGCAACUGAAGAUCCACAAAUCUUUGAAACUCUUUUGGAGUCUGUAGCAGAAAUUAUGAUCGUUGUUGAUAUUUACAGUCAGCUUUUUUUCUUUUCGCUUAUAUUGUUGGUUGAUCAGCUGGAUAACUCACAUGUGUCGGUGAGGAUAAAUGCUUCUAGGUUAAUACAUAAAUGUUGCUCCUUCCAUCUUAAAGGAGGACUUGAGCUACUGCUUUCGAAAGUUGUUCAUAUUCGGAAUGACUUGUUUGAUUAUCUAUCUUGGAGACUUGUAAGCCGCCCCAAAAUUGUCAGAGAGUUUGCAGAGGCCAUUUUUGGCGUCGAGACAGAAGAACUUGUAAAAAAAAUGACCCCGAUAGUUCUUCCAAAGCUUGUAGUUUCUCAACAGGACAAUGAUCAAGCGAUUCACACCUUGUAUGAGUUAGCCAAGUGUUUGAAUACUGACAUGGUGCCUCUUAUAGUUAAUUGGCUACCCAAAGUGCUUGCAUAUGCUCUCCAUCAAGCUGAUAGACAAAAGUUGCUUAAUACUCUGCAAUUUUACCACGAGCAGACUGGUUCUGACAACCAAGAACUAUUUGCAGCUGCAUUACCUGCACUUCUUGAUGAACUAAUUUGCUUUCUUGAUGGUGGUGAUCCACCUGAGAUAACUAACCGGUUAGCAAGGGUACCUGAUAUGAUAAAAGAAGUUGCUAAAGUUCUGACUGGCGUGGAGGAUCUUCCUGGAUUCUUGAGGAAUCAUUUUGUUGGCCUCCUUAACAGUAUUGAUAGGAAAAUGCUUCAUGCAGAGGAUGUUUCGCUGCAGAAACAAGCUUUGCAGCGCAUUGAGAUGCUAAUUGAAAUGAUGGGCUCUCAUCUUAAUACUUAUGUGCCAAAGUUAAUGGUUCUUCUCAUGCAUGCUAUUGAUAAGGAAACACUACAGAGUGAAGGCCUAUCUGUCUUGCACUUUUUCAUCGAGCAAUUAGCAAAAAAAUCAUCAUCUAGCAUCAAACACAUAAUUUGUCAGGUUUUUGCCGCUCUUAUUCCUUUCUUGGAGAAGGAAAAAGAAAGUCCUUCCAUGCAUUUGAAUAAGGCUGUGAAAAUUUUGGAAGGGCUGGUUUUGAAAAACAAAGUUAUCCUUAAGCAGCAUAUACAUGAAUUUGCUCCACUUCCCAGCAUUCCCGCGCUAACAGAAGUUAAUAAUGCUAUCCAAGAAGCUCGUGGAUCCAUAAAUUUGAAGGAUCAGUUAAGAGACAUUGUUGACGGUCUAAAUCACGAGAACCUGAAUGUGAGGUAUAUGGUAGCACGUGAGUUGAGCAAGCUACUGGAUCUGAGAAGGGAUGAUGUUACUGCUCUAAUCACUGGUGAAGUUACAUCGGAAAUGGAUGUUUUGAGCUCUUUGAUCACAUCGUUACUGAGAGGAUGUGCCGAAGAAUCAAGAACUGUUGUUGGACAGCGGCUUAAGUUAGUAUGUGCUGAUUGCCUCGGUGCAUUAGGUGCAGUUGACCCUGCCAAAGUGAAGGGUCUUUCAUGCCAGCGCUUCAAAAUCGAAUGUUCAGAUGACGACCUUAUCUUUGAGUUGAUCCACAGGCAUCUGGCCAGGGCGUUUAGAGCUGCACCAGACACCAUUAUUCAAGACUCAGCUGCAUUGGCCAUACAGGAGCUGUUAAAGAUUGCAGGUUGUGAAGCAUCGCUAGAUGAGAAUGUUGCUGCUCGUGUAUCACAGACAAUGAAGGAUAAGGAGAUUGUGAAAGUCACACCACAUGGGAAUAAGAGUAGUGGCAGCAGUGAGAUGAAUAGGAGAGGUCAGAGAUUAUGGGACCGGUUCUCCAAUUAUGUAAAAGAGAUAAUAACUCCUUGCUUAACAUCUAGAUUUCAGCUUCCAAAUGUGUCUGAAUCAGUAUCUUCUGGCCCUAUCUACAGGCCUUCUAUGUCUUUCAGAAGAUGGAUAUUCUUUUGGAUAAAAAAGCUGACUGCACAUGCAACUGGCUCGCGUGCAAGUAUAUUUAAUUCUUGUCGAGGCAUAGUGCGUCACGACAUGCAAACAGCAGUAUAUUUGCUGCCGUAUUUAGUACUCAAUGUUGUUUGUCAUGGUACUGAGGAGGCACGCCAAAGCAUAGCUGAAGAAAUCCUUUCUGUUCUUGAUGCUGCAGCAUCCGAAAACAACAGAGCUGCAGUUCACGGUUUUAGUGGUGGGAAAAGUGAAGUUUGCAUUCAAGCUGUGUUCACACUCCUUGAUAAUCUUGGGCAAUGGGUGGAUGACGUUGAACGAGAAGUAGCUCUCUCCCAAUCCUUGCUAUCACUUUCUAAGCAACAGACUUCCAAGUCAAAGAAUCAGAGCCCAAUUUCUUUGACAGAUCAGGAUCAACUCCUGAUACAGUGUAAAUAUGUUUCGGAACUUCUAACUGCAAUCCCAAAGCUAAGCCUUGCCAGGGCUUCUUUUCGAUGUCAGGCUUAUGCAAGGUCUUUGAUGUACUUUGAGUCUCAUGUGCGUUCAAAGUCAGGUUCGUUUAACCCUGCCGCAGAGAGGAGUGGUAUUUUUGAGGAUGAAGAUGUUUCUUAUUUGAUGGAAAUAUAUAGCUGCAUGGAUGAACCGGAUGGCCUUUCUGGCUUAGCAUGUUUACGUAAAUCAUUAAGCUUACAAGACCAGCUCUUAGUAAACAAAAAGGCAGGAAACUGGGCUGAGGUUUUAACUUCUUGUGAACAAGCUUUGCAAAUGGAACCCAAAUCAGUUCAGAGGCAUUCAGAUGUCCUUAAUUGUUUACUGAACACAUGUCAUCUUCAGGCCAUGGUCACUCAUGUGGAUGGUUUAAUAUCUAGGAUCCCUCAAUACAAGAAAACAUGGUGCAUGCAAGGUGUGCAGGCAGCAUGGAGGCUUAGCAGGUGGGACUUGAUGGAUGAGUACCUUAGCGGAGCUGAUGAAGAAGGCUUACUUUGUAGCAGCUCUGAGAGUAAUGCGUCUUUUGAAUUGGAUGUUGCCAAGAUUCUACAGGCAAUGAUGAAGAAAGAUCAAUUUUCAGUUGCUGAGAAAAUUGCAUUGUCCAAACAAGCUCUGAUUGCUCCUCUUGCUGCUGCAGGUAUGGAUUCGUAUAUGAGAGCUUAUCCGUUUGUCGUUAAACUUCACGUGCUGCGGGAGUUAGACGACUUCCACUCUCUUCUUGCUGAGAACUCUUUCUUGGAGACAUCAUUUCGCUUGGGUGAUCCGAGGUUCACAAAAGUAAUGGAGAACUGGGAAAAUAGACUGAGAUUUACACAACCAUCCCUCUGGGCAAGGGAGCCACUUUUGGCUUUUCGAAGGCUGGUGUAUAGUGCAAGUGGUCUUAGUGCUCAAGUUGGGAACUGCUGGAUUCAAUAUGCAAAGCUGUGUCGCUUGGCUGGUCACUAUGAGACUGCAAACCAGGCAAUUUUAGAAGCCCAGGCUUCAGGGGCACCUAAUGUUCACAUGGAGAAGGCCAAGCUUAUGUGGAGUACUAGGCGAGCAGAUGGUGCUAUUGCAGAGUUGCAGCAAUCUCUCCUGAACAUGCCGGUAGAGGUGAUAGGCUCUGCUGCAAUAUCAUCAAUCACUAGCCUGUCACUUGUUCCCCUGAACCCACCACCUUUACCUUGUGACUCACAAGCUAUAAAUGAAAAUCGAGAGAUUGCAAAGACCCUCCUCUUGUACUCCAGAUGGAUUCAUUACACUGGGCAGAAGCAGAAGGAAGAUGUUAUAAGUCUUUACUCCAGGGUGAAGGAACUGCAGCCCAAGUGGGAUAAAGGAUACUUCUACAUGGCUAAGUAUUGUGAUGAAGUGCUUAUUGAUGCUAGGAAACGCCAGGAAGAUAAUUUUGAACUGGGCCCAAGGACAGUAGCAUCAACUUUUUCUAUUGCCUCCUCGAAUUUAAAUUCAGAGAAGCGCUGGUGGUCUUACUUACCUGAUGUACUGUUAUUCUAUGCUAAGGGGCUUCAUCGGGGGCACAAGAAUCUUUUUCAGGCACUUCCAAGAUUAUUGACUCUUUGGUUUGAUUUUGGGAGCUUUUAUCAGAGAAGUGGCUCAUCAUCCAAUAAUGAUUUGAAAAAUGUUCAUCUGAAGGUAUUGAGUAUAAUGCGAGGCUGUUUGAAGGAUCUGCCAACCUACCAGUGGUUGACAGUGCUGCCUCAGUUGGUUUCUAGAAUCUGCCACCAGAACGAAGAAAUUGUUAGUUUAGUUAAGCACAUCAUCACAUCUGUUCUCAGACAAUACCCUCAGCAAGCUUUAUGGAUUAUGGCUGCCGUUUCAAAAUCCACCAUUCCUUCAAGGCGGGCAACGGCUGCAGAGAUCAUACAAGAUGCACGAAAAAGGUUCAACCAAGGAAAUGGCAAUAGCAACAUAUUUGUUCAGUUUGCUAGCCUGAUUGAUCAUCUAAUUAAACUUUGCUUCCAUGGGGGCCAGCCUAAAGCAAAGACAAUAAAUAUAUCAACCGAAUUCAGUGCCUUGAAGAGGAUGAUGCCCAUGGGAAUCAUCAUGCCACUUCAGCAAUCCCUUACAGUUAAUAUUCCAACCUAUGAUGUGAAUCUUUCUGAUUCACGUACAUCUGAUAUCUUCUCUAACUCGGAUCUUCCAACAAUAUUGGGAAUAGCAGAUGAGGCUGAAAUUCUUACAUCUCUGCAGCGACCUAAGAAGAUAGUCUUGCUGGGUAGUGAUGGCAUUGAGCGUCCAUUCCUCUGCAAACCCAAGGAUGACCUCAGGAAAGAUGCCCGUAUGAUGGAGUUUACUGCUAUGAUAAACCGUUUAUUAUCCAAAUACUCUGAAAGCCGUCGGAGAAAGCUCUACAUUCGCACCUUUGCAGUAAUUCCAUUGACAGAAGAUUGUGGCAUGGUGGAAUGGGUGCCUCACACUCGUGGACUUCGUCAUAUACUUCAAGACAUAUAUAUAACAUGUGGAAAAUUUGAUAGGCAGAGGACCAAUCCUCAAAUUAAACGGAUUUAUGAUCAGUGCCAAGGGAAGAUGCCUGAGGUUGAGAUGCUGGAGAAUAAGAUCCUUCCAAUGUUUCCUCCAGUUUUUCAUAAAUGGUUCUUGAAUACAUUCUCUGAGCCUGCGGCCUGGUUUAGAGCUCGAAUUGCUUAUGCUCAUACAACUGCAGUAUGGUCCAUGGUUGGGCAUAUUGUAGGAUUGGGUGAUCGACAUGGAGAAAAUAUUCUCUUUGAUUCUACGACUGGCGACUGUGUACACGUUGAUUUCAGUUGCUUAUUCGACAAAGGUUUGCAGUUGGAGAAGCCUGAGCUGGUGCCUUUUAGGCUCACACAGAACAUGAUUGAUGGCUUGGGCAUAACUGGAUAUGAGGGUAUCUUCUUGAGGGUCUGCGAGAUAACCCUUUCAGUAUUGAGGACACACAGGGAGACUUUAAUGAGUAUUCUUGAAACUUUCAUUCAUGAUCCUCUUGUGGAGUGGACAAAAUCUCACAAAUCUAGUGGCGUGGAAGUUCAGAACCCACAUGCACAGCGUGCCAUCAGUUACAUUGAGGCAAGGUUGCAAGGAGUUGUUGUGGGUGUUGGGGCAGCUCCAUCUUUGCCUCUUGCUGUUGAAGGUCAGGCACGCCGCUUAAUUGCAGAAGCAGUCUCCCAUAAAAAUCUUGGGAAGAUGUAUAUAUGGUGGAUGCCAUGGUUUUGAGGGGAACUGUAGUGUGGGAGGUCCUGCAUGAAUUGGACAUGGACCAGAACUUUCUUUUGGGAGACUAUGGGUUGGUUGCAACGAUCAUUUAAUUAACGUUUCAGGCGUUCAAGUUUCAUGCAAAAAGAUGAGCACCAUAUAUCAUUCUCGGCUC